AUGACGGAAUUCGAUCCAGUCACCGAUUUUCUGACACGCGAACAGGAAGCUCUCGGUGAAUUAGGGCCUGAAAUUAACUUUCCCAACCAGCCUGAUGUAUUUGCUAAUGAGCCUACGGAAUCACAAGAGAACGGUGGAUUUGUAUUUCUAAACGGAGAACAAAAACAGGACAACGCACCUUCACCCCAACCGUUUGAGGAUGCCUACCCGCAACACGCAACCGGUCCGAACUAUCAGCUCUCCAACGGCCUAACCGGUUUGAAUGAAAACACGAACUCGGUCUUCACUGCUAAUUCUGAAGCAAAUGAAACGUGGAGAAAAGAGUUCAAUGAGCGGGUCGCUCAAAAGGAUGCCGCAGAAGAGAAAUCGAUGGCUGAACUAAAGGAGAGUGGACAAAAGGAAUUGGAAAAUUGGUACAAGCACUAUCAAAAUCAGUUGAAAACUCGUGCCCAAGAAUUGCGUGAAAAUACGGAUUCGGGGACCGAGAACGGGGACACUUUUGGAUCAACAACAACGAAACCGACAGUUGGAGACAAAGAGGUCUGGGAAAGGGUCUGUGAUAUGUGUGACUUUCAGGUUAGUUUACGNCCCCCCCCCCCCCUUAUGGACUACAAUCACUCACGUCCCAGAUUUUCUGUGCAAGUUCUUGACAACUCUCACGUAGAAUAA